UUCACCAGACACCCAGCUCAGCAGGCCAGCAGCGCCCUCGCUCGCCCAUGGCCCUCCUGCUCUCUCUCCUCUCGGCCCUGCUGCUGCUCAGCUGUGGCCCCGGGGGGUCUCUGGGCUGUCACCUGCCUCAGCACCACGUCCUGCUCAGCGGGGACAACUUAGUGCUUCUGAGCCAAAUGAGCACAAUGUCCCCUUUCUUGUGUCUCAAGGACAGAAAAGACUUCCGAUUCCCCAGGCAAACGGUGGAGGGCCGUGAGGUGCAGGGGGCCCAGGCCGCCACUGUCCUCCACGAGCUGCUCCAGCAGGUCUUCAACCUCUUGCUCACAGCGCCCCCCCCUGCCGCCUGGAACACGACCCUCCUGGGCCAGCUGGGCGCGGGGCUCCACCGGCAGCUGGGGGACCUGCACGCCUGCCUGGGACCACAAGGAGAACUCAAAUGA